AUGGGAGAAGAUAGUAACAACACCGACACCGGUUCUCAGCGGAGAGCACAUUCCCGAUCAGUUUCCUGGACCGACCGGUCUCCGGUGACCCGGAAACCGCCGCGACCACUUCAGCCUCUUUUCAUCAGGAAACACAGUGUCAAGGACUGGCCAAGCGCUGGCAGCGACGAUCUCAACGAGUGGCUUCCGCCACCGACCCCAAGAGGGUCCACCAAAGGAUCAUCGAGCUCGGGUUCGGGUCAAGUUUUUCAGCUUAGGAGAGACAAGUUCGCUUUCUACGACAAAGAAUGUUCCAAAAUCGCGGAGCACGUGUACUUGGGGAGUGACACGGUGGCAAAGAGCCAGGAGCUUUUGCGGCGGCACGGGAUAACGCACGUGCUCAAUUGCGUAGGGUUCGUUUGCCCCGAGUAUUUCAAAACCGACUUCGUCUACAAAACGCUAUGGCUGCGAGACAGUCCCUCGGAGGACAUCACCAGCAUUCUCUACGACGUUUUCGAUUACUUCGAGGAUGUCCGACAACAGGGUGGGCGCGUGCUCGUGCACUGCUGCCAGGGCGUGUCGCGCUCGACCUCGUUGGUCAUCGCGUAUCUCAUGUGGAGGGAGAGCAAGAGCUUCGAGGACGCGUUUCACUUCGUGAAGAACGCACGCGGCAUCACGAAUCCGAACAUAGGUUUCGCGUGUCAACUGUUGCAGUGUCAGAAGCGCGUCCAUGCCACGCCGCCGAGUCCUAGUUCUGUUCUCAGAAUGUAUAGGAUGGCUCCUCAUUCUGCCUAUGACCCUCUUCACCUUGUUCCUAAGAUGGUUAACCACCCUUGCGCCCACGCGCUUGAUUCGCGUGGGGCAUUUAUUGUGCAUGUUCCUUCUACUUUAUAUGUGUGGAUUGGGAAGGAGUGUGGCUCGGUGAUGUGUUGCAAGGCGCGCUAUGCAGCUUGUCAGGUUGUUCGAUAUGAGAGGGCCUCUGGGGAGAUUGUUAGUGUGGUUGAGGAUGAAGAGCCUGAAGAGUUUUGGGUUGCUCUUUCUAACAAGGAAGUGUUGGUGGAGGAUAAAGAGGUCAAGAAUGUGGAAAGAAUGGAGGUUGAUGUGGGGGUAUAUCCCCGGAGGGUUGAGGAAUAUGAUUUGGAUUUUGGGAUUUUUCAUAAGGCACUUGCUGGUGGGGUUGUUCCACCUUUUUCUUUGUCUAAUGCUGGAUCAGAAAAUUGCCUCCCUUCAAGGGAAAAUGGGUGGGGGAGAUUGACUAGGAAGCUUACUAGUGGUAUCAUGAAAGGGUUGCUCGCAUCCUCUAAGUGCUGUGAGUCAAGUAUGAACAUUGAAGAGGAAAAUCAACAUAAGAAUGUUGAUCCUUUGCCACCAUCUUCAAAACCUUUCUAUACUAAAGAUGCAUCUAAAUCAGAGAGUUGCUCUUUACUUCAGAAAGAAGGUGUCUCAUCAACUUCAGAGGCUUUUUUGGCUAAUCGCACCUUGGUAAGGGAAGAGUCUAGUUUAACGUUCGAAGGGUCUAACCCCUCCUUUGCAGAGUGCAGAUGGAGUAAUCAGCCACCUCGUAUGGUGCUACCCUCAACCGGCAAAUCGUCCCGCGCCAGUAGGAUCCGAGUAAGAUCUAAGUCAAUCUCAUUGCCUGCCUUAGAUGAUACAUUGAUGAGGGAUGCCAGUUGCAAGCAAUUCGACCAUGAAAACAGUGGAAAAUAG